CUGCAUCCUUCUCGGCUCCUCAGUAUAAUGGACGAGAGCACGCCAGGGCAGCCCCGGGCCCGAGCGCGUCCUCUGAGGCGGCUGUUCAAGCCAGCUGCAACAGAGAAGAGGACAGAGCCCCGCGUCACAGAUCCCGCGCAGGACCGGGCUGACGACAAGAGGGCAAGGAGAUGCCAAAUCCGCUGCCCUCGCUCGCCUGAUCUGGUGUGCCCUUGCCACGAGCGUCUGACGGAGCCCGAGCGGCGGGCGUUGGAGAGAAUUAGGGCCGCGGGCGGUGUCGUGUUUGAUGAGGGCAACGAGGUCCACGAGGUCCGCUUGGCCAGGCUGUGGACGCUUCUCCGCCCAGGUGAGAUUUGACGAGGGGGGAAGGAAUGGUCUGGAUGGUCUCUGUUGUCGUGUACAGAUGAGGGUGUUUGCCCGAAGUCGUCACUGCAGUGGAAGGGGCUAGGCUUCCAGGGCGAGAACCCGCGGACAGACUUCCGCGGCGCUGGGCUGCUGGCCCUCCAGUGCCUCGUGUACAUGGCGGAACAAUAUACUCAGGUGCGCAGGGGCGAUAAUGUUACAAACAGGUUGAUGGGCCCGUUGCUGCCAUUCCCUCUUUAUGUGUUGUUCAGGAUUUGUUGCUGUUGGUAGAGGAGUCGGCUUCGCUGCACCACUAUCCUGUGGCCGCGGCACUCAUCAAUGUCACGGUGAGGGAUAUGCAUAGCCCGCCAUCAAUGUGGUGGUCCAUGGGGCCUCCGUCUUCCUUGUGUGUUGCAAUGCAGCACUUCUUGGUGGUAUUCUUGCGGCUGACGGAGCCGUCGAUUCGGCACCUGAGUCCAGCCAAGCCCAGCAGACCGGCGAAUAAACGGUACAAAGAUAUCAGUCAGUCCGGAGAGACAUUCCACACAAACACACGCCUCGCCUUGCUAUGUGUGUGUUCGUGGGCAGGUGUAUCAAGGCCUUCGCGCGGCUGGCCGUCGACCCCACGAAAUUGAGCUCGACGAAACAGGGCACCCACUGUUCUUUCUCCCUGUCCCCCUUGUCUGUCUGUGUCAGUGUGCCUUUGAGGAGCUGUUUUGCGCGUCGGCUCUGUUCCUGCACCGCUCGUGGAAGCAAAAAAUGUCAGCGGGGGCCUCUGGGGGGUUGAGGACACUCCGACAUGGAUGGUAUGUGGAUGGAUGGUUUCAGGCAGGCCGGGUCGGGCAGCAUCACCCUGCUGGCCUUCAACUCCACCUUCUACACACUGCAGGUGAGGCGGCUGACCCACACCAUCCGUCCAUGCAGACCACGGCUGACGUGUGUGUGUUGUCUGGAUGUGCCUGCUGCCUGCAGGAGGGUGUUCGUUGGAUGCUGUCUCAGCGUCCGUCGGGUGUGGGUGACUUCCACCGAAUGCUCAGCCAACACCACACGAAGAAGGACAAAUGGGUGUGAAGCCCAGGUAGCUGCCAGCGACAGUGUGGAUUCGACGUGUGCGUCGAAGGAUGGACGACAAACUGUACAUAUUUGCGUGUGUGGAUGGA